AUGGCAGGCAAAGUUGGUAAAGUAUCAAAGAAGAGCGAUGAUGUUAGUUCACUAGCUGCUAAAAUUAGGGCUAGAGCCCUUGAGAAUCAAAAGAAGAUGCAAGCGGCUUCCAGAAAGGACUCUGAAAGCGAUUCCAGCGAUGAGGAAGUUGAGAGACCCGCCAAGAAACAAGCUAAGGAUGAAAAAGUAGAAGAACCAGAGGAAGAGGUCACAUUUGAAUCAUUUGCUCAAUUGAACUUAGUACCUGAGUUGAUUCAAGCAUGCCAAAAUUUGAAUUUCACUAAGCCAACACCUAUUCAGGCCAGAGCCAUUCCACCGGCUUUGGCUGGUAGUGAUGUUAUUGGUUUGGCACAAACAGGUUCGGGUAAAACCGCAGCAUUUGCUAUUCCGAUCUUAAACAAGUUAUGGGAAGACCAGCAGCCAUACUAUGCAUGUGUACUAGCACCUACAAGAGAACUGGCUCAACAGAUCAAGGAAACUUUUGACUCAUUAGGUUCUCUGAUGGGUGUCAGAACCACAUGUAUUGUUGGUGGUAUGAAUAUGAUGGAUCAAGCAAGAGAUUUGAUGCGUAAACCUCAUAUAAUUAUCGCUACACCUGGUAGAUUAAUGGAUCAUUUAGAGAACACUAAGGGAUUCUCGCUGAAAAAUUUGAAAUUCUUAGUCAUGGAUGAAGCCGAUAGAUUGUUAGACAUGGAAUUUGGUCCAGUAUUAGAUAGAAUUUUGAAGAUCAUACCUACAAAAGGUAGAACCACUUACCUAUUCUCUGCGACAAUGACUUCAAAGAUUGAUAAACUACAAAGGGCAAGUUUAACAAACCCAGUGAAAUGUGCAGUCUCAAAUAAAUACCAAACUGUGGAUACUUUGGUGCAAACGCUUAUGGUUGUGCCUGGUGGCCUAAAGAACACUUUCUUGAUAUAUCUAUUAAACGAAUUUAUUGGUAAAACAGUUAUUAUUUUUACCAGAACAAAAGCCAAUGCGGAAAGAUUAUCUGGGCUAUGUAAUCUACUAGAAUUCAGUGCCACUGCCCUUCAUGGUGACUUGAAUCAAAAUCAAAGAACUGGUGCCUUGGAUUUGUUCAAGGCAGGCAAAAGAUCAAUAUUAGUUGCUACGGAUGUUGCUGCAAGAGGUUUAGAUAUUCCAUCUGUCGAUAUUGUCAUCAAUUAUGAUAUUCCAGUUGACUCUAAAUCCUAUAUUCAUAGAGUAGGUAGAACAGCAAGAGCUGGUAGAUCUGGUAAAUCCAUUUCCUUAGUUUCACAAUAUGAUUUAGAACUGAUUCUGAGAAUAGAAGAAGUGUUGGGAAAGAAGCUACCGAAGGAGAGUGUUGAUAAAAACAUUAUUUUGACACUGAGGGAUUCUGUAGAUAAAGCUAAUGGUGAAGUUGUUAUGGAGAUGAAUAGAAGAAAUAAGGAAAAGCAAGCUAGAGGGAAAGGUAGAAGAGGUAGAAUGAUGGCCAAAGAAAACAUGGAUAGAGAAGAAAAAUAA